AUGUUCUGGACGAUUGCUUCCAAGAUGCCAGUGCAAGCCAAUCCGAUUGUUUGUUGGAAGUUCCUGCAAGUUGUUCAUAAACUUAUGAGGGAUGGUCACCCUAAUGUAGUCCAGGACUCUGUGAAAUAUGCAAACCAGAUUCGAGACCUGGGCAAGUUGUGGGGACAUCUGAAGGAAGGAUAUGGGAAGUUGAUAGCAAGCUACUGCAGACUUUUAAUACAGAAGUUUAAAUUCCAUAGAAAGUUCCCAGGAAUUCCAGGCAAUUUGGUCAUGCCAGAUGAACAGUACUACAAGAUUUGUGGCGGUGAUGUAAACAACUACUUUGAAUUUUCAAUUGAUAUGUUGGACUACAUGGAUGAGAUUAUCUCCCUUCAGCAAAACGUGUUUGGAUCUUUGGACAUGUCUCGGGCCAACUCCAUGACGUCAGCAGGACAGUGCAGGCUUGCUCCCUUGAUCCUGUGUAUUCUGGACACAUGCCAGCUGUAUGACUACCUGGUCAGGUCACUCUUCCACCUCCACUCCA